AUGUCCUUAGCAGAAUUUGAUGAGAUUAAAUUUGAUCAUUCCACUGAUCGUUUAGACAAGCCAUCUACAUAUCUACUGCGUAAAGCAAGAAAAAAUGUUGCAAAUGGGUUAGAUGAGUUGCGUCAAUCGAUGAAAUCAGCAACUAUUUACGUGGGUAAUCUUUCAUUUUAUACAUCAGAAGAACAAAUUUAUGAAUUAUUUUCAAAAUGUGGUAGUAUUAAAAGAAUUAUCAUGGGAUUGGAUAGAUUCAAGUAUACACCAUGUGGGUUUUGUUUUAUAAUAUAUAACACCCCAGAUGAAGCAUUAAAUGCAGUCAAGUAUUUAAGCGAUACCAAGUUAGAUGAUAGAACCAUUACUAUCGAUUUAGAUCCAGGAUUUGAAGAUGGAAGACAAUUCGGUCGUGGUAAGAGCGGAGGUCAAGUGAGUGAUGAAUUAAGAUUCGAAUACGACGCAUCCAGAGGUGGCUUUGCAGUACCUCUAGCCGACCGUAUUGGUAAUGCCAAUGGGUCUCAAGGGGUCUAUUCACACAAUAGAAACUUUGGUGCGAGAAGAGUAAGAUACGUCCCACCACCAGAAACAAUGGCUACAUUUGAAAACGAUCAAGAAGAAGAUAAUUACAUUCCUCAAUAG